AUGCCUGGAGAUAUGCCCGAUCGUGACGUGCUCUCGGAGAGCAUGUUCCCUGAUUUAUAUGAAUCUGGAAUUACCGACCUCCAAAAGGGUCUUGAGAAGGGGCACUUUACGAGCGUUGAUCUCAUCAAGGCUUAUCUUGCCAGGAUUGAAGAGGUUAACCUGAAGGGUGCAGCUCUCCAUGCGGUCAUCGAGACGAACCCGAAUGCUUUAUCUCAGGCCGCAGAACUUGAUGCCGAGCGCAAGUCUAAAGGGAGUAGAGGCCCACUGCAUGGCAUGCCUUUGCUACUCAAAGAUAACAUCGCUACACUGCACGAAGAAGGCAUGAACACUACCGCUGGCUCUCAUGCCCUCUUGGGUUCCGUCGUCCCGAGGGAUGCAUUCGUUGCGACUAAGCUCCGCGCGGCCGGUGCUAUCUUUCUCGGAAAGGCCAACCUCUCUGAGUGGGCAAACUAUCGUGGUAAGGUUCCAAACGGCUUCUCCGGACGUGGAGGUCAGACUCUUUGCCCUUAUUACCCGAAUGGUGAUGCGUCUGGAUCGAGCUCCGGAAGUGGGGUUUCGAUGGCCAUAGGUCUUGCUGCUGGCUCUCUGGGCUCGGAAACGGAUGGUUCCAUUGUUUCUCCAAGCAGCAAGAACAAUGUAGUGGGCAUUAAGCCCACUGUAGGGCUGGUGUCUCGAGCAGGAGUGAUACCUAUCUCAUCACACCAAGAUACAGCUGGGCCAAUGUGUCGGUCAGUUUCGGAUGCAGCCCUCCUACUCUCCGUCAUCGCCGGGCCAGAUCCUCGAGACGAAGCCACGUUGCACCAGCCCGGUGUCCUCCCUGACUACAUGAAAGCGCUUGAUCCUAACGCCCUGAGAGGCAAGCGACUGGGAGUGCCGCGGAUGUUCCUCCGCGAUGGUGAAGUGAUCCGGGAAGCUUUCGACGCUUCAUUAGACACCUUCCGGGCACUCGGCGCGGAGAUCGUAGAUCCAGCCGACUUCCCCUGUGCCGAGGAGAUGAAGGUGUCGCAAGCAGAAUCGCUUGUGCUAAAGACAGACUUCAAGGUCGAUGUGACCACAUAUAUUUCGGGGUUACUCAAAGUUCCGACUGGCGUAAAGAACCUCGCGGAUUUGAUCGAGUUCAAUAAGACCCACGCGGAUUUGGAGCUCAUACUACCAUACCACGACAACCAGGAUAGGUUCAUCGAGGCUGAAGCAACGGAAAAAAACGAUGCUUAUUAUGCAGCUCUGGCUGAAGAUUUCGAUCUAGGCCGUACACGAGGCGUUGAUGCAACUCUCCAAAAAUACAAAUUGGAUGCAAUCAUUCUUCCUACUGACGGGCUCGCCUCAAAACCUGCAGCAAUUUCUGGAUACCCUAUAAUCUCGGUUCCGCUGGGCUUCCAGCCAGAUAAUGUUGAGAUAUUGCCAUUGCCCGCUGCGCCACUGCACACACAAGCUCCCGGGCUUCCUUUCGGAAUAGCCUUCAUAGGCACCGCAUACAGCGAAUUCAGUCUUAUUAGCAUUGCCUAUGCAUUUGAGCAGGCUACGCAUGCCCGGCUGAAAAGAAGGGCCUAUGCUGAAGCAAUUCCUGCGACGCAGAUCAAGGACGUGCUUUCAGCUUGA